UUGACCCCCACUCACCAAAACAAAAUGGCACAGAACACGAGAGAACUGGCAGCAAACAAAAACUUGACACAAACAGCCCAGCCUGUGUUGUAGUUUUGGCAAGGAAAACUGACGUAAUCUCAUUUUAAUACUUCUAAUCUUGGUUCUUUGGACAACACUGGUAUGGUAACUGUUUUUCUGCAUGUGCUUAGCAAAUAUAAUGCAUGCUAUUUCUGCUUCUCUGAACCGUGUGUGCGUGUCUGUGGGCUGUUUAUGUGUAGCUCACGCACACAGAGUGUGGUUAUCAGCUGCAGGGGUGGAACCACAGGUCAACAUGUAGUAGAACGUAAUCUACAAACAGGUCAAUGGUAUUUAGCUUUAUGAAGUAUAUUAAAUGUCGCAUUAGUUAAGGCAGACUCUUUAACAUGAUUGGUGUACAUGUCAACGUAAUUUAUAAAAACAAAAGAAAGAUGUGCUCAUUUGAACCGCUGUUCACACUUAAAAGCAUGAUCAGAGUUCACACUGCUCAUGUGUUCAUAAUAUAAUGGCCAUUGUGACUGGCAUGAGUUAGCUCACUCAUGCGAAGCACUCCCGGCUGAGCUAAUGAAUACACUUGGUACUCAUUAGCUCAACGUGAAUAAACAAAAAGUGGAACUAAAUAUGCUCCGUGCAUGGAUCAGACCCACGGAGGAAAAGUGCAUAGUCAUUCAGUCUCACGUGGGAGAAAACUUUCCAUGCAGUACCUACUGACAACAGUGAAGCUGCGAUAGUGAAGAGCAGGUAGAUGCAGUUGAAACUGCAUACAAGUGUGCAUAGACCAAACUUUCACAGAUGUUCACUCAUUUUGUUUAUUGAUUUAUUUAAUUGUAAUUACUGAUGCAUUUUCCACAACUCCCCUCUCUUCAAAACAAGAGUCCAUGGAUGCUGAGGUGCUGCACUCUGCUCAAGCAGAGCAUGGCUCACUUUUGCUAAGGCAGCUAGAGAGGAUGAGAACAACUAAGGAGCUCACUGACGUGGUGCUGCUAGCUGAAGGGAUCCCCUUCCAUUGCCACAAGGUGGUGCUGUCUGCAUUCAGUCCUUACUUCCAGGCCAUGUUUACAUGUGGUCUGAAGGAGACGCACGGAGGAGAAAUACCACUCAGAGACACUUCUGCACAAAGCUUAAGGCUGCUGCUGGACUACAUAUACUGUGGCGAGCUCCCACUAACAAACAACAACAUCCAGGGAGUGGCCGUUGCUGCCUUUCUGCUACAUGUAGACGGAGCCUUCAGGUUGUGCCAGAGUCACAUGGAGGCCUGUAUGGACCCGUCAAACUGUGUUGGUCUGUACCACUGGGCCAGGAACUUGGGAGCAACUAGCCUCGCUGACUGUGCCUUGCGAUAUCUUUGUCAACACUUUUCACAGGUUUGUGAAGAAGAAGAAGUGCUAGAGCUGAAUGCUCAAAGUCUUGGGGAACUGCUUGGCUUAGAUGACCUUAACGUAUCACAGGAGGAGGUUGUUUUGGAGCUGGUGCUGCGCUGGGUGGAAAAGUACAGGGGUGACUCAGAAAGGGAAGCCCAGGCUGUGGAGUUGCUCAGGCAUGUCCGACUGGAGCUUGUGGAUCCUGGAUUUCUCCGUAAAGCAAGGAGGAGAAACCCGGUGCUUCUGCGGGAUACUGAGUGCUUUGGGAUGAUUGAUGCUGUUCUCCAGACGUCAGGUCUCUGCGAGGCCGCAGCUCCUCCUCGCCGAGCUCUUCGCUAUGGCAUGGAGACAACAGAUUUGCUCCUCUGUUUGGGUGGUGUGAAUAAGGAGGGCGUCCCUGCGCGGCGUGGAGGACUUGCUGACCUCAGUUUUUGCUUUGACCCCCAUGUUAGGAAGACUUACUACAUCCCCUCUCCCCUGAGGGGCUGCAGCAUAGUGGGACAGAUCACAGCAGGCGCAGUGAGCCGAGAAAACAUCAUAGUGGUGACCGUAGAAGCAGAAGACCAACAUCGAACGAAGGGGGUUGAUAUCUACAGGUAUGACAGUUCAGAGGAGAACAGCUGGCUGAAGUUGUGUUCAGCAGCUUACAGGGACAUGUAUGCUUUAGGGCUCAUAGGAGAUGCCCUCUAUUUAAUCGGUGGUCAGAUGAAAGUGCGUAAUCACUACGUCAUCACAGACAGCAUGGAGAGAUGGUCACUGAAGAGAGGAGGCAGCUGGCUCAGCUUUGCUCCUCUGCCUCUUCCAUUAGCCAGUCACUUUGUUGUGACAUUGAAGGAGCAUCUUUAUGUGCUGGGGGGGUGGACACCACAGGAUCACCCUGACGACGAGCCUGACAAGCUCAGCAAUCGUGUGCUUCAGUUUGACCCCGGCAAAGACAGAUGGACAGAGUGUGCCAGCAUGAAGUACUCCAGGUACCGCUGUGGGUCAGCUGUACUCAAUGGAGAGAUCUAUGUAUUAGGUGGUAUAGGAUGCGAUGGAGAGGACCGUGGGCAAUCGCGUCGUUGCCUGAGCUCCGUGGAGAUCUACAAUCCAGAUACAGAUGCCUGGAGACCAGGACCAACCGUCCCCACAUCCCUACUUUCCCUUCGAACGAACGCCUCCAACGUAGGAGUAGUGGAUGGAAAGCUCUAUCUCUGUGGAUACUACAAGGGGGCUGGCCGUCAUGAGAUCAUCACCAAGGAACUUUUGGAAUUGGACCCUGCAGACAAUGUGUGGACAGUUGUGGAAAGACGAGCAGCCAUGCACGACAGCUACGACGUCUGUCUGGUGGCUAAUCUUAAUCCUCGAGAUCUCUUCACACCCUAAUCCAGCUCCUGCUGGGCCAGUGUGUGUGGAAAGUAAGCGUCUAUACGCUAAACCCGGAAAGCCUCAUUCAAAAAAGCUUUAUUCACUCUUGGUAUUUUGAAAAAAGAAUAACCAGAUUAAUUUUCACUAUAAUUAACUAACAACUUAUUUUUUUGCUAUAUGAGUAUCCAAAGUCAAACUUUAGAUAAUGCAGUUUUAUGUUAUAUAUCAAUGGGACAUUAGCUGUAAUUAAAUAUAUAUUGUGUUGUAUGAUAUGUUCAGUCAAAAGUCUGUUUGUUACAUGUCUUGUCCAAGCAAUAAAUUUUACCUGUAAAUGUAAGAAUAAAAGAAAAAUCAACAUUCUGUUCUGUGUAUUUUCUAUAUGUGGUAUAAACUGUUAAACUAACACGUGCAAGGCUGCACGUGUUAGUUUAAGGUCACAAAAUCUUGCCUAUACAAAAGUCCCUUCCACCACUUUAACUCUUCUUUCAGUAAAAAGAAGGAUGGCAAGGGAAAAAAAGCUAAUUUUAUAUUUAACAAGCUAUUUAUUUUGCUCUUCCAUCAAACUACAGAAACCACAGAAGCCUCACACUGACUGCUACUUGUUUUUUGUUGUUGUUUUUUUCUGUGUGUUGUCAAACAUUACUUGGACUGAAAGGAUGUCAGCAGAAGAACUUGGUGACCUCUUAGUGAGAAAACAUUUUAAAUAUAUUUUCCUCUCCUUUUUUUUUGGAUAAC